AUGCCGCCGCGCAAAAUCCCCCAUGUCCUGUGUCUGGACAGGGGCAAGAUGCACCACAUCGACCCUUCCAAUGCCUGCAGUUUGAUGGCGAUGUGGUCAAUGUUCUCAAAAUGCUCAGAUACGCUGGACGAAGGCCCUCGAUUAGAGAACCUGAGCUGGCGGAUAUGGUCGCGAGAGUCAUUAUGCGUAACCCCUAUCGACAACUCUCCCCCACGGGCAAGCCAGGUGCCCUCUCUCUCAAAUUCCUGGUCGUCAGAUGACAGUCUGAGCGAAGGACGAUGUAGUCCUGUCCAUAGCAGGACCAGGUCCCGAUCACCUCCACAAGACGACUGCGCCAGCUCGCUCUCCAAGUCUCGACAUCUGAGCCCCAUCACUCUGGAAAAGAUUGUCGCUUCGAUACAGGAAAAGACCGUCCUAUGUCCUCUGUCUCCCUCACUCGAGGCCAGCCGUCCUUUUGCAAAAGUGCCCACCCUGGAAAAGCAGUCUUCGGACAAACGAGACACCGAAGCUGAAGCACGGCCUCCAGCCGGCUUAAAAAACCUUCAAGAUUCCACCGACUCAUGUCUCUCCGCCGCCACGACCACAACAAUAAGUACAGCUCGUCAGAGUGAGCAUCGUGAUUCCGAUACUUCGGUAUCAUCGGACGGACUGAUUCCGAGCGGUUCUAUUGUCCAUGGUUUUUCCCCUGUAGCAUCCUCGUGCCGUUCUCGAACUACCAGCUCGGGCCUCAAGCCACCUACCGCGCCGUCCAAGGUCAUUCCUCAACCCAAAGGUGCCCUCAAAUCAACAGCCAUGUUUACCCUCGGAGGAUCCUCGGAGGAUGAUGAAUCUUCAUUCGAACAGCGAGUACUAUCCGUCAGAGCCCCUCCGCAAAGAAGCUCACUCUCCCAAAGCUUGAGCAAGCAGAACCUGUCGGAACACAAGAGCAAUUUGCCGCCCAAGAGAACUUCUUUCCGAGAUGUCGUUGCCGAGCGGAGAAUACAGGAAGACGCCGAAAACGACGAGGGUGCUAUCGCAAGCAGUGACGACGAGGACGACACUGACGAAGUGAUGGAAUCAGCCAUUGACGAGGACGAGGAAGACGGCGAUGACUGGGAAGAUUCGACGUCGGACGAUGGAAAAGUGGUUCAAGAACCUCAUCUUUUCCGCCGCGUUGAUAGCCGCAGUGUCUUGCCAUCCCGCCGCUCCAUGCUGACUUUGGCCCUGAACAAAGGCCGAGCAGGUCUAGCCCAUGCAUAUUCCCAACCCACACUACACCGGUCUCGGCAAGCGUCACCUCCACAAGGACCUUCGUUCGCAAAUUCACCUGAAGAAGAGGACGGCAUGAUGAUGCAGACGUCGAAUCGGCCACCCAUUGCCAUUCCACCGCCUAAAUCGGUCGGCAAACCUGUGGCCCAUUCGCCAAGGACGACAAGACGUAACAUGCUGUCGACCGAACUGACUGAAUCUCUCCGGAAGAAUCUCCUUUGGGAGAGACAACAGAAAUCCCAAACUGUCAAUGCUUUUCUCAAGCGGAGCCGAAACGCCCAGUCAAUGGCGAAUCUCACCUCUGCCGGCCAGGCUGGAGGACCAACGCAUCCUCCAGCUCCCGCCGUGGAUCUGUCAAAGGACGACGCGUGGACCUUUGAUAACACUUGGGAAUACCACACCAAAGGCUGGUAG